AAUUCGUGCACCGAGCGCCCUCUCAUGGCCGUAACACUGGAGCCAACGAAUAGUAUCUGUUUACCGUUGCUUGGCGAUAACACUCAGAAUGGACCGGGGGCUUAUCCCACCAUACAACGCUCUUACUGAUGAAAACCUAGUGCAUUUCUUCUGUCAAGAGAAAAUCCGUCAACAUCUCUGGAAAUCAGGCCUGGUGACCCAUGAUGGAAUAAUCGUAUCAGAGAAAGACUAUCGUCUGAAUAUGGCCAAACUGGACCACAUCGACCAUGUGAAACGCAAUCUUUCUUCAAAGGAAGGCUACGACACCUCCCAGUAUUGCAUCUUACAGAAUAAAGGUAAUAUGAAGAGAAUUAUGUCAAGCAUAAGCUUGGGGAGCAACACUAGCAGAGAAAAGAGUGAGGUGAAUACCAGAAGGAGUGAGAAAGUGAAACAAGCACUCUGUGAGUUGGAAAAAAAGGACAUUGAACAGCUAACCGGUAUUCGUCUCAAACCUGGUCUCUCUUCCUUUGGUCUACUUCUUAUGGUUUCACCUCCUCAAAGUCCUUCUUCUAGCAGAUAUCAUGCAUCACGUGGACAGAAGGAAUGGCAGUCCAAAACACCAGUCAGAAGUUUACAGAGUCCUGAUGUUUCGUGGAUCAGACCGGCCCAGAAUUCAAAGAAGGUCCCAAAACCGUUGAGAUCCAGCAACAGACAGAAUGCGGUUGUGACCUUAAUCUAUCUUGGAAAGCAAGUAUCACUGCCGUGCGAACAGAGAAAUCCCAGAGAUGAUGUAACUGUGUAUCAACAACACUGUGGCGGGCAGAACCUGUGUGUCUACAAGGGACAAUUGCUUAAAGGAGGCAAAUUCCAGUUUCUGUCUCAUCGUAAUCCUGGAUUUGGCUUCAGUUUGAACUUUUCCUUAAACGGGGUGCCAGUGGAGAGGCUCAGUACGUGCUGUGAAUACAGACACCAACCGGGAUGUCGGCUCGGCAGCAAGAACGGAUACUUUGGGUUCGUCGAUGUGAAGGGGUCUGCACCUUGUGAGAGAUGCCAAAUAGCAGCUAUGUGCCGUAAGGAGAGCGACACCAUUUCUAAUCCUGGGAAGGAAAAUAAGGAGGACGGUCCCGUGUAAGAAAUGUGUGGGCACGACGUGAGUGAAACGUGAAGAGAAAAAGAAGACCCGUAUAUAGAAGUGCAACGUUUACAUUUAUUACCGGAUGUGACGUUUUGUCUAAUAUAGGUAAACAUUACCAAAAAAAAAAUGUACAGUAGAUCGGUUUAUGACUAGAAGGCUGCAGAUUUCGAAGUAGCCUUUAAUCCGGUAAAUACUUCUCCUGGUCAUUAAUAGAUGUACAGCCUACAUAUGGCAUGUCAAGAGCAAAUCUGUCAACACGUCUGCAGUGAUAUUCCAGUACAUACACGACACAGAAUUUAUACAAGUAUACAAAAUUUAUAUACAGAAAUGUAUUUAAAUUAUAGGUUGUGCUAAACAAGUUGUUAAAUGACCCGAGUGCCACUCUGGCGCUAAUCGCCAGUGUCGCUCGGACAACCGUAUGGAUGCGUCACGUAUAAGACUGUCAUUGCUGUGUCAAAAAUAUGGCCCAAGAAAAAGGGGGGACCGUAUAGAAAAAGUGUUGUGUGACCAAACUGUAUGCAGAGAUCCGCAGCAUCCAGUUGUGUCUAUGAAUUUUAGACUUCAAGCAGUCAUUGCAUGCACGGGAUAUGUGACAAAAUACCGCACUAAACCCGACCGCUUAAACAGACCUGCCUUUGCUCUGGGCCAAACAUUACGGUUCCCUAAAAUGGGGCAAUCAUGUUGGAAAAAUUAUUUUGUGACCGAAAUGUGUACAAAUCCCUUUAAAUGAAAGUCUGCAACUUGCACUUUAAUCACAUCUGAAUGGUUUCUUUUGUAUUUUGUAAACGUUGGAGGUGAGAGGGGGAAAACCCAGGAAAAAAAAUGGGUCUUUGUCCGUAACAUUAUGGAGGGCACUGUACGUACCACUUGCGACGACUGUCCAGGAUUUUACAUCACCUGUAGCUCGCAGACCGUUUGAACGAUUGACCUAAAAUUUGGUACACAUAUACUACGUGACGUCUGCUAUCCGCUUUCGGGGUGAU